AUGGCCGAUGUUGGGACCAUUGUGGGAAUCAUCUCACUCGGCAUUCAAGUUGCGGAUGGCCUGGUGAAGUAUUACACGGCAUAUAAGGAUCGAGAAUCGGAGACGGCUCAUACGGUAAAGCGGCUAACACAUCUUCUGGGAAUCUUGGAGGUCCUACGCAAGAACUUGGUCGACCGUAGCUUCCAACCCGACGAGACGUCUUUGCUCGAGACCAUCAAAAGCUCAGUAGGCGACUGCGAGGAUCUUAUCAAGGAACUUGAGAAAGAGACGGAAAAGUUCACACAAUCAGCCUCAGGCAGCGUUACGGCGGCAGUACGUGUGACAGGCCGUCGGUUGGCCUACCCCUUCCGCCAGAGCACCCUCCAGAAACUCGACGAAGACAUCGCCGAGAUAUGCGCAAACCUCACACUCGCCCUGCAGGUCCUGCAGCAGCAGGAUAUCGGCAGUGUCCAGGAUGAGAUCCAGGACACCAAGGCCCUGCUCGAGCUGGUCCGGGCCGACCAGAUAUCGACCGAGAUCAAAAACUGGCUCAACGCCCCGGACGCCUCCAUCAACUACAACGACGCCUGCAAGAAGAAAUACCCCGGCACGGGGCUCUGGUUCAUCAAAAGCCCCCAGUUCAGCACCUGGCUCCAAACCGCCAACUCCUUCCUCUGGCUCAAGGGCUUCGCCGGCUGCGGCAAAUCGGUCCUCUCGUCCACCAUCAUCCAACACACCCUCCGCCACCGCCGCUCCAACCCCGCCAUCGGCAUCGCCUUCUUCUACUUCACCUUUAACGACGACGCCAAGCAAGACACCUCAGCCAUGUUACGCGCCCUGAUCCUGCAGCUCGCCCCCCAGCUCCAACUCCACACCACCACCACCACCACCAACAACAAAGACGCCCUCCUCCCGCGCCUCCACCAAAACUACCGCGGCGGCACCCCGCCCGACCCCGCCCUCCUCGACACCCUCCACCAGCUCAUCACGCGCUUCGACGACGUCUACAUCAUCCUCGACGCGCUGGACGAGAGCCCCCGCCACAAGCACCGCGAGGACCUGCUGCAGGCGCUGGCCGAGAUGCGCAGCUGGCCGGGGCCGGAGCUGCAUCUCCUGGUGACGAGCCGCGAUGAGCAGGAUAUAAGGGAGGAGUUGGUGUUGGAGGAGGAGGAGGUUGUUGUGUUGAAGGGGGGGAAGGUGGAUGCGGAUAUUGCGGCUUUUGUGGCGGGGCAUUUGAAGGAUAAUAGACGGUUGAGGAAGUGGGAGAGGUUUCAUGGGAGGAUUGAGGAGGCGUUGACGGAGGGGGCGAAGGGAGUGUUUCGCUGGGUCGAGUGCCAAUUCUCUGCGUUGGAGGCUUGCCCCGGAAGUAAGACCCGGCUCGAUGCCCUGCUCGGAUCACUACCGCGGACGUUGGACAAGACCUACGAACGCAUGCUGUAUAACAUCGAGGAGGAAUCAGUGGACGACGCCAGGAGAAUCCUGACCCUGUUGUGCACAGCCAAGCGGCCCUUAAAGGUGGAGGAGCUCAUCGACGGGAUUGCGGUCGAACUCGGAGACAAUGCCAAGUUCAACGAGGACAGCAGGCUGAUGAACCAGGACGACAUCCGCCACAUCUGCCCGGGAUUUAUCGAAGUGGACUUGAACAACGAGGACAGGGGACCGACGGUACGCAUUGCGCAUUACUCGGUCCAGGAGUACCUGGAAUCCGACCGCAUUGUUGCUUCGGGAACGGCGCGAUUCAGCGUCAGACGCAAGGAAGCCAACACCGAAGUCGCGUCCAUCUGCCUAAUCUACCUCAUGGACGAAGCGCUGUGCAAAGCGUGCAUGACAGAGACUUGGGUCUUCGGGUACGACGCCAAAUACCCCCUGGCCGCGUACGCCGCAAGCAGCUGGGCAGACCACUACCACGAAGGCGACCCCCUCGACCCGCAACUCCACCGCCUCGCCCUCGCCCUCUUCCACGACGACGAAAACGCCCUCGCCAGCUGGGCCAACAUCUACAAAUGGGCCGGCUACAAGCGCGACGGGCUCGGCGACCGCAUCCUCACCCCGCUCUACCUCGCAGCGCGCCUGGGGCUCGAUCCCGUCGUCCGCGUCCUCGCCGACGAAGCCACCUCUUCCCCCACCCGGCCCCGCAAGUACUACUUCGAAUCAGCCCUCAUAACCGCCGCCACCUUCGGCCACGCCAGCACGGUCGCCCUGCUCCUGACCCACUCCAGCGCCGCCAUAAACCACCUCGGCUUCGAGGGCACGGCGCUGCACCUCGCGGCGCGCCACGGCCACCUCGCCGUCGUCGACACGCUGCUCGCGCACGGCGCGGACAUCGAGGCGCGCGACUACCGCGGCAAGAGCGCGCUCUACGACGCCGCGGCGGGCGGCAAAGACGAGGUGGUGCGGCUGCUGCUGGAGCGCGGCGCCGAGAUCGAGCCGGCGGGCACGUACGAUACGCCGCUGGAGUGCGCGGCGGCGGGGGGCCGCGAGGCGGUCGUGGCCAUGUUGCUGGAUCGGGGGUUGGAUCCGAACCGCGGGCGUUAUGCGCGGCCGUUGGAGGUGGCCAGGGAGCAUCCGGCGGUGGUGAGGUUGUUGUUGGAUCGCGGGGCGGAUGUGGAUUUGGGGACGCCCACGAGGCCGCUGGCGUUGGCGUGUAGUGGCGGGGCGGUGGGUGUGGUUGCGGUGUUGUUGGAGAGGGGGGCGGAUGUGGAGAAAGCGGGUGGUUGGGCGGGUUUGAUGGAGAGGGCGGUGGGGAACUCGGAUCCGAAGGUGGUUGACCUGUUGUUGGAGCAUGGCGCUGAUGCUAAGGGGGAGGAGGGUUGUCAUGUGACGCCCCUCGAGGCGGCGGCGGGGUUGUGGAAUGCGACUGCUGUCAUGAGACGUCUGCUUGAUGCCGGUGCCAGGGUUAAUAUUGGUAAAGAGAUGACACCGCUGGAGAAGGCCGCGAAGAAGUCGUCCCUGCCGACCGCGAGGCUGCUGCUUGAACGUCGCGCGGAUCCGAACUUGGGGAUUCAGAUGACGCCGCUGGAGGCGGCCGCGGACGAGAUGUCAGAGAGCAUGAUGACCCUGCUAAUAAAUCACGGCGCCGACGUGAACAAGGGGCUCCAGAUGACGCCGCUUGAAGUAUUGGUGCAGAAGGAGGUCAUUCCUUUCCGCCUGGUCGAGUUACUAGUGCAGAUGGGGGCGGACGUGAAUAAGGGAUUCAAGAUCAACCCAUCGGAAGUGGCGUUGCGUCAUGGGUAUAACCUCGAGGGUAUAGUGGUGAUACCGGGGGAAAUAGAAGUGGAGAGCAUUGAAGGAGCCGGUACGUUGGGAGAGAAGAAGGAGAUGGUUAUCGUCAUUGGCCCAAAGGCCGCUAACAGUUCUUAG